AUCGUUUGUUUCGUGCGAAUCAUUGAGACUUAAUGGAUGGUAGAAAAUUAUUCGUACACUUCGUAUGUUAAGUCAUAUAGUCUAUUCGUACGAACCUCUCAAAUCGUAUAGCCUGUGAGGCAAAAUCUUAUAUUUGUACGUAUAAAAUAGACAAUGCCACAAAAAAAUGGCACGUAUUUAAAAUGAAAUGAAAAAAGGGCAUUUAAGUGACUGUAUCGACUUGGCGUUGACGAUAAAUGAAUAGAUAUGUGUCUAAAUGAAAUGCGAAUAAAAAGAGCAAAACAAAAAAACUGGCAAAUAAAUAACAUUACAUUUAGAAAGUAUAAAUGACUUUUCUUUGUCGAUUCGCUGGGUUCGAGGUGCGAGAGAGUGCUAUAGCUUGAGCACAAGCCUGUUCAGAACCAAUGCAGUUUUCUAUUGAAUUCAACAGUUGAUAUUUAAAUUGCGCGACUUUUUUUUUUCACAUUCGCUCUACUAUGCGCUAGUUGUGCAUUUCCAUCAAAUCUUCUCUUGCUUCAGCCCAAGUGGUAUUGUUGUUUACGUUGAGGCAGAUACAUAUGUAUUUUUUCCAUUUCAAUUUUUGUUGAAUGUUCAGUGCGCGCUGUCUGUUCAUUCUGUGUGUGCUCGAUGCUCUUCAAACAGUUUGUAUGAAAUGAAUAAAAAAGAGAAUAAAAGUCAUAUAUAACUGUACUCGUAUAAGCACUACUCAUAUGCGCGUAUAUAUGCUCAUAUAAAAAAUAGUAAAUCAGCCCACGAGUCACAUUUUGAACUACAUCACAUCAUAUGUUUUUUGUGUAUAGUCAACGCGCAAGCCUAAGAACGACGAUCACAGCGCAAAAAAAAAACGACGAGAGAUAAACAAAACACAAAUCGCGUAUUCAUUAUGAAUUCAAGACGCGAGCACAGCACAUUAACCGACACAAGCGAAUACGAAGCGAACGACUGUACGAACAAUACACACACACACAGAGAGAGAGAGAAAGAGAGAGAGAGAGAGAGAGAGAAAAUUAGGAGAACAAAAUAGCAAAAAUCAUAUGUAUGUCGCAUUAUUGGUUCGCACACAGUAAACGAUUGCUGCUGCGUAUACGACUCAAUCGAACGAAAAAGAGAGGUACGCUGGUCAAAUGCAUGCUUUGGCAGAGUGUAUCCAAGUGAUCACGCGUUCAAUGAAUGUAAUCGAAACGCCAUAAAAAUGAACAUUCAUAGAAAAUAUGUGUCGAAUAGAGCACAAGCAUACCAACGAAGCGAGUACGAAUUGGAAGAGAGACGCUCAAUAUGGCACACAACAGUGACAGCAGUAGCAAUAUCAGAGCUAAAAAAGAAGAAUCGCACGCAAACGCUGCAAAAUUGGUAAUUCACGUUUACGAAGAUACAAAUUUCGAAACGGAAUCGACUCAAAUUAUAUGCUCUCUGACUAUUUAAAAUGCUCAUUUUCACCAAAAUCUAUUUAAAUUUUCUCGCAGUCACUCAGGUCAUUUGCGUUUGUGGUCACAUAAUAUUUGUUUCAUUUGCAUUAUUUUUUCCGUUUUCUCUCUUUCUAUCGCUCUUGUUCUCUAUUAUUUGACUAUUAUUUCUGCUAUUGAUAUUGGCACCACUCUUUCGAGAAGCUGACGAUAUUCGAUUUGAAAUUACCGUCAUUGAAUCGAAUAUGUCGAUAUGCAUUGCCAUCGGGAAAUAAUGCAAUUAGUUGUAGAAGUGAAAAUUGUUAUAUUUAUUUUUUCAAUGAAAAUUAGAAAUCGCGAUUGGCGCGCAAUAUGCAAAAACUAAUAACAAAACAUCAGCAAAAGCAGUAACGACGAAGAAAAAAAAAUUGAAUUUUAAUCGAAUUUCGUCAUAUUCCAAUUAUAAAUUACGGUAACACGCUUUGUUUAUUUGUUAGUUUGAUUAUGUUGCGAUCGUAUAAAAACAACAUUACUUUGUUGUGUGUUUUUUUUUUUUUUUUUUGGUGUGUCUUGCGCGUCUGCAUUGUUACAUUUUCUUUUGGGUUAUAAAAACAUAUGUUGAAAAUGGUUCGGCGCAAAAUUUUGUAUUAUUUGCGAAAUGACGCGCGCAGCGCGCACAUCGACCAUAGUAAACAAAGGUAAAACUAGGUAAAUUGUGGUGCUGCACAUCGGGAAUGAAAGUGGCCAAGUCGAUGGUUUGUUUUUCGUUUUUGUUUUUCUGUUGUUCGAAGUGAAGAACGUGCUUACAACUUUACAACGGCAAUCAUUUGUCUCUUAUUUUGCCUCGCAUACAUAGUAUAUAUCUAGUGAUGUUUGGCAUCUGUUUGCUUGAUUGCGGCAGCGGCAGCGGCAGUAGGCUCAAUUUUCAAUAUGUACACAUCGCACUCCUUUCGUUGUUGUCGUGUCGUCACACGAAUUUACAACUUGACCAUAAAGAUUCAGAGUCGAACAGCAAACUCCAGAGUCGAACAGCAAGCACAAUUUAUUUUUAUGUUUUCGAUUGGGUCGGAUGUUUGUGUGUCGGUUGAUGGAAUAAUUUACAGCCAAUUAAAUCUUCAACCUCAAUAUUCAACAUAAAAGCGAUUGAGACUCUGCUGUCGAUAUGCACGAAACGAAGAUAGUUCAGAGCAUUGCUUUUGUUUUGUUUUCGGGGAGGGCUUUUGGUUUUAUUAAAUACACUCCGAACAAAACAUGGCAUUCUUGUCAAUUAUUAUUAUUGUUGCAUCUAAUGCUCUCUUGCACUGUCGAUUAUAUUAUAUUUCUUAGAUAAAAUAUAGAGAAAGAAAAACAACAAAAACAAACCCAUGCUCAUUACGAUCGUCGUGUCUUGUACAAUGUAAUGUAUAACUGUCCCAAAUGCACAACAACAACAACAACAACAAAGGUUUGACUUGCAUUUCUCUUUCCGUGCAUCUUGCGAACAUUUGCGCUGUACACGAACAUUGUACAUUGAGAUCGCUUCACAUUCAAAACGCAUUACAUCUUGUGUGUUAUUUUUUUCCUCUAUUGUUUUUCUAUCUCAUCGUUUUUUCAAUAAGCGUCUUUCUCUCCAUCCCAGAUUUCAAGUUGAAGAAUCGCGUAUUCAAGUUGAAGUUUAAAGUUUUUUCUCGUUCGAUGUUGCUGCUGCUGCUGCUGUUGUUAUUUCGCUUGAAACAUGUGUGAGCUCGGCAGUAAAUAUGCUGCGGACUAUUUCUGCUUAAAUAAUUUCACAUAAAUACGUUUCGAUUGUUUUUGCCAUUGGACGGUAGUCACAAGAGUCAUGUGAGAAAUGGACGUACGCUUAUGUUUAUUUUAGUUUGAUGCUACUUUAUGACAGCAGCAGCGAAUAAAUAAAACCCAAAAACAAAAUCAUCAUUUAUUUUUAGUAUGGAAGAACAGAAGGAAAAUAAAUGUAAAAGAAAAUAUCGUUUGAAAAGCAUGCUAAAUCAUGUUCGCCAACGUUAAUACCAAUCGAAUUGAUGUUGUGUGCGAAACGACCAAAACAUUUGACAUGUUAUUCAAAAAUUUGAAAAUCCUUCCAAGCGCCCUCUUCAUGCACACCAAUCGAAGUGUGCUGCUCUAAAACGUUCAAUAUAUCGAGAAAAAAAAAAUUAGUUGGCUUUGCCCUUGCAAAGUCCUUUUCGGAUUAAAUAUUCACAAAAUGUAUUCCGUCGACAUACAGUGCCGCGCUAUGGAAAGACUAAGCGAGCAUAUAGUUUUUCGUCUAAAGUCCAAAAGUGCGCACAUUAUGAAAAGACUCCGUACCAAUACAAUACAAGAAAAAUACACUAUUUUCGUUUUGUUGUCGAAUGGUACGACGUCAUUUUGCUUGGCUUUGUUUCGCUUGUACGCGCGUCCAUUCUGUUUAUAUCCACGACAUACAAACGCUCGCGCAGCUGUUUUGCCCAUCUUACAAUGCAGAGUCGCACAUAUGUAUGGAUGUGUGUUUCGUUGCAAGCAAAAAAGGGGAAGCUUUACAUUAUACAACACAUACGAAGCGAAACAUCGAUAUUACUUCAUACAUUUGACGAACUAAAACCAAACGAUUUUCAUCGUUUUUAUUUGAUCGCCAACGAAAAAAAUGGUGCUGUUCAAAGUUGUGGCAAAUGAUGAAAAAUGAUUUGUUGUUCGAGCGAAUUUCGUUGGUUUCUUUUUUAUUUUCGUUUUGUUUUGUUUUGUUUCGUUUCGUCAGAGUCAAGCGUUAUUUUGGUUGCUCCGCAUCAUAGCUCGAGCGAUUCAAUACACAACGCCCGUAUACGCUUGCACCAUCUAUGUAUGCACAGGCACACGCACAGCUGUAUGCGUAUAUAUGUGUAUGGUCGAUGCGCGACAUCAAUGUAUUGGUGUGUUGAGUGUUUGCGCGUUGCUUCGUUCGAAUUUUUCGUUGGUUCGAUGGCGAUAAUUUUUUGCUGGUUUUGUGUACAAACAUCAGUCAGCUGAGAGCACGUCCCACAUACAGAUCGACCAAUAUUAAUUUUCAAACACACAAUACAAUAAACAACAACAACAACAAGAGAUCAGCAUUCAAUAGCAAAUAGUGUUAUAUCCACAUAAGAAACCUAACUUAUAGUAUUGAUAUUUUUAUUGUUGUUAUAAACAGUAGAGUAAACGUUUUUUUCUUCUUCUGUCGAUUGUAUGAACGAAGAGUUUUUAUUUUUCGUUCUGCGGAAAAGAGUGUGAAGAACGCAGCAGUGAACAGUGACUACUUAAAUUCCGUGGUAUUGACGAUAAACACAAAAUUUAGAAUUAUUACAACAAUCAACUCCAAAUAGAAAAAUUCAGUCAGCCAUUUUGUGUAUGUACAUAGAUUUUCGUUUUAUUACAUAAGUAAACAAACAAAUAAUUUUAGUGAAUUUAAUUUGAAUUUCUCUCUCACGACUAAUAAUUGAAAGUGGUGCCUAAUUUUUACUCAGCAAAGUGGUUUUGUUCUCGUUUUUUCUUUGCCUAUGUGUGUCAGAGUUGUCGACUGAGCGUUGGCACUGAGAAUACCGAGAUAUAGAAUAAGAGAGAAUGUGUGUGGUUUAACGAGAAGUCAGAAGUGUGUGAAAUGGAAAUUGGUUGGAUAAAUUGUCCAAUGUCAUUAUUAUUAUUUUCUUGUUUGUUAAGUGGCAAUGCAUGUGUGGGAUGGAUGGAAUUGCAAGAGCGUUGAUCAAAUCUCGAAAUAUAAAGUGAAUUGACAACAUUGAUUGGUGGCUUGAUUUUAAUGGGAGACAACAUUUUGGAUUGCCAUUGCACCCAUAAUUAUAGUGGCCCUAUCGAAAACACGGUUUUUUGUUCGUUAUAUUCGAAUGACACACGAACGAAUGUCAAACCUUUUUAAGCUCAAGUUAAAUUCCUACACGCUAUUUUCUAUUUUACAUUGCAAUUGCUUUUUUCCCCCGAACGCUCAAUGCCAUGGCACUGCAGUUUCGAGCUACGGAUUAAAAGAACGGUUACCAUUCUCAUCUUGAAAAAAGAUUUUUCAACUUCAAUGCAUUAAUUACUACAACCGUUUUGUCAUUUUUUUCGUUCAUCUCUUCUUUCAAAGUUGUUUUUCGAAGCGAGAAAAAAAAAACAGUUAUGAUCAGGUACACAUAUUAGUGAAACUGACAAAAAUGGAUUAGAUUAAGGCUUGGUGCUGUGAAGGAUUCUAUUGUGAUUUAUUCUUUUGUCGUCUGUUCGUUCGGAUGGGUUUCGACAGUUUUUCACAAUAGAGACAUAGAAUUGAGUGCCCAUGUACAAGCACACAGACGAUAUGUGUAUUUGUCCUUUCAUUAAACAUCAUUUUUCUCGGAUACCUGUCCGUAUUCGAUUUUAUCAAGUAGAAUCAGGAUAAAUUUGAAAAAUCUAAUACCACAGUGCCAAAGGCAGAAAAAAAUAAAGAAAAAUUAUAAAGUCGGUUCACGGAUUCGUUUCAACCUGAAGGCGAAAUUCCGUUACCUGAUGCUCCUUUGUAGAAACAUGUAUAUACCUGUUCAUUAUGCACUUGGCCAACGAAAUGCUAAUGGACGAAUACUCAAACAAAGCAAAAUCCAGAACAUUCCUUGAGAUUAAUAUUUCUCUCUAUCUCUGCCUCUCUCGAUGUUAUUACUGUGUCGACCAAAAAAGAAAGAGUAUUCACUUUUUAUUUGAGAUGUACCGAUUUUUAUUAUGUCCAUCUCAAAUAUUCAUGAAAUUUACCAGUCAUUUAGUAUUUUCGUUGAAGAGAAAAGUGCUUCGAAAAUUUCAUUCACUUAAAAUGGCUCUUUUUUCUCUAAUCGAUAUAUUUAUAGCCAAGUACGUUGGCUCUGCUCAUUCUCUGUAUGUAGUGUGUUUUUCCUUUUUUUUUUCGAAUAUAUAAUCACUUCUCCUAUGUUCCUUUUACGACGACUACGAUGACGAUGAGCAGGAAAUUUUCGUUCGAUCACAGCCGAGCCUAAAAUAAAUUUUCCACAUAUAUUACGAAAAUGGAAUACACAAUCAACAGGAUUUGUAUAGAAUAUGACAUUUUCACCAGUAUCCUGGUUACUGACUCAUACGCAUACACAAAUACACACACACACACACACACACUACCACAAACGUCAAAGAUUCUUUUACGCAUGUGGAAAAUCUUUCUUUGUGACUUUGAAAAGCGAACGAUGACGUGGAAGCGACGGUACCAAAAGUGGCCAUUUCUGUUCAGGCCCAACAGCAACAUAAACUCAUAUUUUACUUUAUGAUUGAUUAAUGUUUGCCAUUCAAUUCAUAUGAAAAAAAAACAUUUAUUUUUUGGCCAUAGUUGAAUGUGGGUUUGAAAUUUUCCUUUGAAAAGGAUCCAAGGAAUUUCAUCGCGUUUUUUUUUUUAAUACUGCGCAUUAGAUUAUGUCAUCAUUGUUGCUUUCUCAUUGAAAAGGAGCCCAAUUCACUGAAUGGCACAGCGAGAGCGAAUGAGCGAGAUAGACAGUGUGCAGAGCGAACCAAUUCAUAUGUAUAUUUCUGUUGCCUCAGAGAGACAGAGAUUGUAACGGUGUAAUGUAACACGUUACAUCGCAGAAUUAUGAUGUUGUGUGUCCCUGACCGAAGAUUCAUGGGCAAUACAUUUCCUUACUGUGUGUACAUUGACUUUGUAUUGCGCUUUGAAGAUGUAACUUUUGCUACAAUUCUGCCAUUGCUGCCACUUUUUCUUUUUUAUUUUCGCUUCCCUCGCGUUUAGCAUUCAGCCUGUGUUCACUUGUUCGUGGUACUCUCCACUAACGUUUCUCCGUGUAAAUUAUUAUGUAACGCGUUAUAUCGAGCGCAUUACUUUUCCCUCUUCGUUCGCAUAGCACAUUUAUUUUCGUACUUCAACCGUUAGAUCAGCCAAAACUGCUAAAACAAGUUCAUGAACAAGUUGUAUUUUUGUAUCAGUCACCAUAAAUCCCAGCUCACAUCGAGUAUUUUUAACGGUGACGAUUGUAUACCUUGCACGAUUCGGAACAAUUUCUGAUAGAAGUAGUACCAGUUUACCAGUUUUCGGAAGACAGGAUCUGAGUAAAAACUGAAAAAAAAAAUCGCUUCAAACAAAGAGUCGAUUCGGUUAAGACACAUUUUUUGUGCACACACAAAAAAACUGGGAUUUUUUUUUGUGGCGAGUGUUCGAGGAACGAAGCAGAAAAACGAAGAGAGAUAUAAACGAGUUGACGAUAAAAUAAUGGGCAAAAAUCAUUUUGACGGUUGAUCAACAGCAGAUAGAAUCUACCUAAUUGUGUGAAGUGCAAAUUGUAUAAAAUUGUGUGUGUUUCGAAUUUGAUUUGAUAGGAAACCAAUUUAUUAAGAAAACGAAAAAAAAUAACUACAAGAAAUAAAAUAGAAGACUGAACAGCUUUAAGAAAUUCAACAAUACAAAAAUUAAAGGAAAAAAAAAAACAAACAAAAGAACAAAACGAAAUCACGUAGCAUAAAAAAAAAUUUACUAAUUUAAUAAGUGAAAUAAAUAACAAGACAGAAAUAAAUAAUAUUUAUUGAUCUCAAUAUCUGGAGAAAGAAGGAAGAACAAAUCAUAUUUUAACGAAGAACAAAAAGAAAGUUUAAAACUAUUCCAUAAAGUACCAAAGAAACAAAAAUUAUUUAACAAAUCAGUAUACACAACAAUAGUACGGAGAAAGUAAACGAAUACAUUGCAUCAAUCCAACGCUCUCUGUUUUACUCUCUCUCUCUCUCUCUCUCUGUCUGUUUCACUAAAUCUCUUUGCCGCUCGCAACUCUUUUGCAUCAUAACGGAACAAACAAACAAAUUGUAAUUUUAUAAAACACCAACAAGUGAGCUUUUUCUUGAAGUAAACAAAAACAUUAAAAAAAAAAAAAAGAAAAGAGCAGCUACAGAAGAACAAUCACAAACAUAUUUAUAUAUACACACAGAGCUUAAAAUAACUUGUGAACUACCCUCGGCGUCUGUAUAAUGUUCAAUUCGUUAGCAUCUUAUAUACUUGGCAAUGGUAAUAGGAAUGCAACGGAUAUAACACAAGACGGUCAACAAUUAAGUGGUGCAUCUGACGAAGCAAUCAAUAAUUUUAAGUUUGUAACAACAAGCUGUGAAGAUGAGGACGAAGAGUGGCUAUUAGUCGAGAAAGGAGAUGGUGACUGUACUCCUCAGCAAACUGACUCGGAAGAAGAAAUUCCAUUCGUUGAAAUAAAAAAUAGUCCCGCUGUACGUGCGCGACACAGUCGAAAUAAUUCAAAUGUUGGAUCUCAUGAUGGUGCUCUCAAUUCAUUGCCAUCGUCGCCAGUACCGAAUUCGAUGGAUGAAUCAUGGUUCGUGACACCGCCACCAUGUUUCACCGCUACCGAUCCGAUCAACGUUGAAAUAUCACCGCUCGAAAAUUUAUUAAUCGAGCACCCAAGCAUGUCGGUGUAUCACAGCAUUCGCGGUUCCAUGCAGCCAAGCACUGUUGAAGAGGAUGCUGAAGAUCAAGAUGGUUUGGUUGUGAUUGAUUUAAACGCUGACACAGAACCGGAUGUUGCCAUUCAUCCGGCAUUGGAUCGUAUAUCAGGCCAAACUAUGCAACUCAUUGGUCGCAACCGUGUUGAGAGUCAUGCCAAUCAUUUGACCGCACAACAGGUGAAACAAGUGAUUGCAUUGAAGCAUUCACAGAAGGCGCACGACAAAAAGAGUCGCCAGCAAAUGUGCCGCAAUGCAAUGGAGCGUGGCAACAAAGUGCGCGAAGUGAACAGCAAGGGUGGUCGUCAAAAGCGAUCGGAUAUGACGCACUGCAAGGUCAUCAGCCGUGUCAAUAACAAUCGCAAAUGCUAAACCAUUUGUGUACCACCUAAAAUCAGCUCGUGUUUGUGUUAGCCAAUGUGUUCGGGGAAGCAUUAACCCGAAAUAUCUUGUAUUUCAACAGUCUCCCCGUAUCAUCCCAAGCAAAAUACACCAACACAAUGUUUAGAAUGGAAACGCACGCAUCUAAUAAGAACUAAAUUAAACUGGUUUUAAUUUAGCACAGACAGCAACAAACGCAAUUUGUCACAAUAUGAACAGAUAAAAAAAGAAACUAUUAAUUUAACAGCCGAUUAUGUCCGAUGAGAAGAAACUUUUUCUAGAACUUUUUUCUCUCUGAUUCCUAGGUUUCAAUGUGAAUUAGAAUCACCCCAUUUAUUAUGCUUAUUCAAUUUGAUAGAUUUGUUAGUAGCUGACAACUGAAUUCGAAAAAGAACAAUUUUAAUUUGCGUGAAUGACAGCAAUGAAUUUCCCUUGAUUUAUUCGAUUCUAUUUCAUUUUCAAUAUUGGCAAACAUGAGCACCAAUGAACAUAGCUUAAAAAAAACAAUACAAAGUUUAAUAAGAUCAAACACACAACAACAGAAAAAUGGCAUGCACAAAUGCACUACCUGAUUACACUUAACAAAAAAGAAAGAUAAAGAUCAUCCAUUUUACUCGAACGUUUAACACACAUCCCAAAUUUGAUUGAAAUUGCAUCAAUUUACGUUUUCAUAUCGAAUUUCAAUGCAAUGUGCGUGUGUGAAUGACGAUGUCCAUUCAAUGGAAAUGACAGCCGAUUCGAUCGACUUCGAAUACCAACAUUUACUUGAUGAUGUGAGUUUUGCACAACUCACCAAUAAAUCAUAUUAAUAAUUUAAAACAAAAAGAAAAAAAGCUACAAUCAGCAUAUUAAACGAUAUGUAGUGUUAGUUAUUCAUUCAUCUCCAAUUGGGCAUUGCGAUGCUUGGAAAAUCAUCGUUUUUGAUUGAUCCAAAAUUGUACGAUCUUUUCUCUUUGGAGCAUUCUAUUGUUUACAAACAAAAAAGAAGAAAUAAAUUUAAAAAAACAGCGGAAAUGUGUUCAGAAAACUAUUCUUAUAGAUUCAAAAAAAAAAAACAAAUAAAAUAACAUAAAAUAAAUGUCUUUCUUUAGAGGAUCAGAUUUUGUUCGGGGUGGUUGAUCAAAAAUCCGAAGAAUUUCGCCCAAUUGAAUCGGUUCGCUUGAAAUUCGUGGAGGAAAGCGUUCGACAAAAAAAAAAAAUGGGACAAAAAAGUAUGAAAUUUUUAUUUGGAUUAGUAGACAUUUAGAUUCGAUAUUGUCAAUCAGGCGAUAAAGUAAAUGCAACAGAAAAAAAAUUAAAGAAAAAAAAAUCAUAUGUGAGAAUUAAUUCAUUUUAUCAAUAUAUACGUCUCAAAACUAAUAUUUAUGUAUGUGUAGAGUGUAAUGCGUUUUAUAUAUAAAUAUAUAUGUUCUCGCGAUUAAGUAAUGUUUUCGCUAAUUAUUUUUUCACCUUUUGGACAUAAUUAUUCUAACGAUUUCUCGUAUAAUUUGAUGUGAGCUGAUUGUCUGCGUUAAACGAUUUGAACGAGAGAGAUAUAAAAAAAAAAACAAUAACAACAACAACAAAAACAAUUCGUUUAGCAAGUAGAGUGAAAUUCAAACACUAACAUUUUAAAUAGAUUUUUAUUGAUAGCACAUGCACGAGCACAUUUCUUAUUAUUGUAUUGAUUAAUGAUAUUUCUGGUAUAUAUCAUGCACAAAUCCUAUCAAAUUCUGAGGCAUGCCAACAGAGUGUGUCUGGAUGAGCUCGUCCAGAAGAGCUUUGUUUCGGUUUGAUGGGAUUUGUGUAUCACGGAAUCAAAUUGGCAAUUACUUUUUUUUCAGCUUGAUGCUGAAGUGUAAAAAUUGCCCCAUCCAUCAAUCUUAAACGUUGCACAAGCAAACCACCAAACAAUGAAUGAAACGAUAACAUUUCUUCAAAUUAAAGUUCUUUUUUUUU